AUGUCAUUGCGACACUGUAUUCUGUGGUACUGUCUUGCCAUCGUCUUUCACCCAAUUUGCAUCGACAUGGAGAUUGUGAUGUCGCUCGACCGUUUCGUGGCGAUCUCCCACCCUCUCUUGUAUCGCAGAUGCAACAGAAAGUUUUGCCUCGCUCUGCUGGUAGUUAUUUCUGUGCUACAUGGAGUGACCGAUUUAUUAUGUCGAAUUCUUCUUUCUCACCAUUCGGCCAAAAUUCCGAUCUGUCUUCUGUUCUAUACAGGCCCUGAGGAAGUGAUCGAUGCAGCGAAUGGCUUGUUUUAUAUCGCAGCGAUAGUUGUGUUGAUCCUCAAUUUGUACGUGAUUUUCCUUGCAUUGCGACAGCGUCGUCGAGUAAGGCAGCAGCAGGACGGCAGCGGCUCAGCGAACCGCCAAUCAUGGGAUAUUCGAAUCGCGCGUACUCUGACGUUCUGCAUCGCAUCAGAUACCAUAACGCGUGUCAUCUGUCAGAUUUUGAGACAAUAUGCUCGACAUUCGAACGACGCUGUCAGGCGACGGAACUUAGGUUUGUCUGCAGAGCUACUAGAUUUUUCAGCACUGGCAACGUUUGUAAUUCUAACAGUCCGAUCGAGCAAUCUUCGAAAUGUUAUGCUGAAGCCGCUUAAAUCUGUCAAAAUGUUCGUAAUUGAAAUCGUACAGUGA